CUGCACUGAGUUGAGAAGCAAAGUCGAGCCACGGAAGCGCGCCUGAAGCCUGCUGAGUCACGUGGUUAUCCGUGCUUAUGUCAUCCUCCUCUUUCCGAUCUCCCUGCGCAGCUUCGUGCAAGUCGCCAUGGUCUACGACAAUUGCAGGGUUCUCGUUCUCGUCUUCACCAGAAGGUCUCGUAGCCUUAGGGUCUCCUGCUUCUGACCACCAGUCAUCUGACAUGGCCUGAUCCUCGCUUUGCACGAAUUGAAGUGUCACCCAAAACAAAGAAGUUCCUUCGCGACACUGCUCCAAGUUGCUUACUCUGGCGGACCCUCUUCUCGCUCGAUGGUGCACUAACAUCAAGGAUACGCUUCUCUCUAUAAUUGUGACGCGUUAUGGCGGCUAAACGCAAGGCGUCGGCUAUGGCCGCUGUGGACGACGAACCUGUCGACCCGUCGGAUCGACUAGCGUUUUACUGUCUAGGCGGAGGAAACGAAGUUGGCCGUUCAUGUCACAUCAUUCAGUACAAGGGAAAGACGGUUAUGCUUGACGCCGGAAUGCAUCCAGCAAAGGAGGGCUUCUCUGCUCUCCCCUUCUUCGAUGAAUUCGAUUUAAGUACGGUGGAUAUUCUUCUGAUAAGCCAUUUCCAUGUCGACCAUUCCUCAGCGCUUCCCUACGUCCUCAGCAAGACCAACUUCAAAGGCCGGGUCUUCAUGACACAUGCUACCAAGGCCAUCUACAAAUGGCUUAUUCAGGACAAUGUCCGAGUCAGCAAUACAGCUUCUUCUUCGGACCAGCGCACCACUCUAUAUACGGAGCAUGACCACCUUUCUACUCUUCCUCUCAUCGAAACAAUUGACUUCAACACCACCCACACCAUCAACAGUAUUCGCAUUACCCCAUUCCCCGCUGGACACGUCCUGGGCGCUGCCAUGUUUUUAAUUUCCAUUGCGGGCUUGAAUAUCCUAUUUACAGGGGAUUACUCCCGCGAAGAGGACCGGCAUCUGAUACCCGCAGAAGUACCCAAGGGUGUAAAGAUUGACGUUCUGAUCACAGAAUCCACCUUUGGGAUCUCAUCCAAUCCACCUCGUCUGGAACGUGAAGCUGCUCUUAUGAAGUCUGUAACUAACAUUAUACAUCGUGGUGGGAGAGUGUUGAUGCCCGUGUUCGCCUUAGGACGUGCUCAGGAGCUACUCCUUAUUUUGGACGAGUACUGGGAAACGCAUCCGGAACUACAAAAGAUUCCCAUUUACUACAUUGGAAAUGUGGCACGAAGGUGCAUGGUCGUGUACCAAACAUAUAUCGGCGCAAUGAACGAUAAUAUUAAACGGCUAUUUCGUCAGCGCAUGGCUGAGGCAGAAGCCAAGGGUGAUAAAAGCGUGAGUGCCGGGCCAUGGGAUUUCAGAUUUGUCAGAAGUCUUCGGAGUCUUGAGCGUUUCGACGACAUUGGGGGAUGUGUCAUGCUUGCGUCGCCGGGUAUGCUGCAGACGGGUACAAGUCGGGAGUUACUAGAACGCUGGGCACCCAGUGAGCGCAAUGGGGUCAUCAUGACCGGUUACAGCGUUGAAGGUACGAUGGCGAAGCAGCUACUGAAUGAGCCCGAGCAGAUUCCAGCUGUGAUGACGAAAUCAACUCGGGCACCGAUAAGAGGCAGAAUGACUGCCGCCGAGGAAGAACAGCGAGUCAUGAUACCUCGAAGAUGCACAGUGGAUGAGAUCAGCUUUGCGGCCCAUGUGGAUGGUGUGGAGAACCGGAACUUCAUCGAAGAGGUUGCCGCACCAGUGGUGAUUCUCGUCCACGGGGAGAAGCACCAAAUGAUGCGUCUUAAGUCCAAACUACUCAGUCUGAACGCCGAGAAGACUAUCAAGGUGAAAGUGUAUACGCCGGCGAACUGCGAGGAAGUCCGCAUUCCUUUCAGGAAGGACAAAAUCGCCAAAGUCGUCGGCAAAUUAGCGCAGAUUGCACCGCCUUCGGAGCAGGAUGAUGGCCAGCUCAUGGCUGGAGUCUUGGUUCAAAACGGUUUUAACUUGUCGCUGAUGGCGCCUGACGACCUCCGAGAGUAUGCUGGUUUGACGACGACGACGAUUACAUGCAAGCAGCAUAUCACUCUAAACUCUGCGAGUAUGGAUUUGAUCAAAUGGGCGCUUGAGGGGACCUUCGGGGCCAUAGAAACGGUUGGAUCAGCUCAGGGAAACGUUAAAGAAGAGCCAUCCGGUGAGGGCAAGUUGAUUGAGCCUUCCAACGGCGAUGAUAAGCUAGCGAAGCAUGAAGCAGCGGACGAAGAGAUCCCUAUGGAGCAAACGCAGAUGUAUUUGGUCAUGGGCUGCGUGAUUGUCAGAUAUCAUCCCCGGACUCGUGAAGUCGAGCUAGAGUGGGAAGGCAACAUGAUGAAUGACGGGGUCGCCGACGCAGUCAUGGCGGUUCUUUUUACGGUGGAAAGCAGCCCUGCAUCUGUGAAACAAUCGGCCAAACAUAAGCACCAUCACCACCAUCAUCCUGAACAGGAUCUGCCGAACCCUCACUCCUACCUGGGACCCGAGGAGCGCUUUGCGCGUCUUCUAAUGAUGCUCGAAGCACAGUUUGGAUCUCAGAUUGCUCCGAUCGAGCGACCCCGUAUUCCUCCAAGCGCACUCGCUAAUGGUGCCAUCGCCGGCGAAUCCACUGCGACCUCGACCGCCGCCUCAGAACCAACUCCAACAACCGAGGCGGAGGGCAAGCAUGAAGACGAAUCAGACCUCAGCGAAGUGGAAAUGGCAGAACUCGCGCGCCUGCGGGCACUCGGGAUCCCUGUCCCCGGAAUCGAGAUCCGAGUCGACAAACACGUCGUGCGAGUAUGGCUGGAGGAUCUCGAGGUGGAAUGCGCGAAUGCCGUGCUGAGAGACAGGGUGAGGGUCGUUGUUGAACGGGCCGUUGAGACGGUGGCUGGGAUGUGGUCUGACGAGGGACCCCUCACUGCGUCUGUGCCAGCAGGGAAUACACCCAAGAUGACAGAGCUUGAAGGGAGGGCUUGAUUCUUUGGAUCGAUUGUAUACUAGGUUCUUAAUGUCAUUCACAUUGUGAAUCAUUUAAAAAUAGGACUGCAUGGACUUACAGUCCUCAUCUUGGUAUUCCUUUCUCUGAACAGUCGGUAGACACUUAUUAACUAUAUAAAUAGCUCUUCAUCUUGACCACACCUAAGAAUGAUCAACGCUCUAUAUGGAGUACAAAGAUGACCCCCUUGUCUGUCGUGGCUAUAAAGGUUGUGUGGAUACAUAAUACGGACCAAAAUCACGCCGCAACACCGACGAAA